CGUGCCGACCACACGCGCUCGCCGACCGAGGUUUCCGCCGCACCGGAACCGAACGGAUUUCGCGCCGCUCACGGAACCGACCGUCUCGCGUGCAUCCGAUUCGAUAUCAUUGUUUCCGGUUUUUCAAUCGACACGCGGCCGAUUGUCGCGGCGUUUCCAGUUUUCGAACACUCGGACAGUCCAGAGGGUUGAAUAUCGUUAUUUUAGCGCCGAAAAAAUUUAAUUGACGAUCGUCCAUCCGUCACUGCUGUCGUCGCCGCCGCCGCCGCCGCCGCCGCUCGGGGUAGACGACGUCCGUCCGUCGUCCGAAGGUCUAUGAACUGCCGAGUGUGGUGAUAGGCGAACGGAUCGACAGAGGUACGCGCGGCCACGACGAGCGUCGACGAUGCGUACCGCCGCGCUGACCGCGGUCGCGGUGUUGGCCUGCUGCCGGCCACCGCUACCCGCCGUCCGGGCCGCGUGCCUGCACACGGCCAGGGACCUGCAGGCCCAGGCCCGCGCGUCCGAGGUGGUGGUCAAGGCGCUGGCCAUGCGCGUAUGGCCGGAACCCGACGGGCUGACAGGCGGCCACUUUGCCGUCAUGGCCGUCUACAAGGGCGCCCGGGCCGUGAAAAACGUGUUGCGCGUCGGCGGCACUGACUUGUUCAACAUGCACGAUAAGAGAAUGAACGUGACGGGAUUUUGGAAUGAUUUACCAGAUGACGGGCACAGGGCGUGCGGGGCCAGAGUGACGGUGGGCACGUAUUACGUGCUGUUUGCAGACGUCGUGCACGGCCGAUUUGUAGCCAAAGACAGACAAGGCGCGUUGGUCGAGUGGACAGACGGCAACGAAAGAGCCGUGUGGCAUGGACUUGGUGAGUAGUGCACAAUAUGAUAUACAU